AUGGCUUCAACUGUUGCUGGAGUGAAAGCAUGCACAACUCCCCCAAAAGCCCUGGUUUACCGUGGGCCGGCCUCGUGUGAAGGCUGCCCUGAGGCUGUCGCCGAGCUACUGGAGUCUUCCCCAUUAAAGUUUCAAAUCUCAUUUGCUGGCCCUGCAGAGGACAUUGACAUUAACGAGCAUACCUUGAAAGGUGUCCAGGUUUAUGCUCAUCCUGGCGGGGGUGAUGAUCUUGAAGAGUCAUGGCCAAGCCUGAAAAAGUACAAGAAACCUCUCCGAGAUUUUGUCUCAUCUGGGGGAUAUUAUCUCGGUUUCUGCUUCGGUGCUUACCUGGCCGGUGACUCUCCUGGCUUUGGUCUCUUGCCUCGGGGUUCCAAUACUGAUGCCGAGACAUCUCAGGAUAAUGCACAAGUGACUUCCAGCAAGGAUACAGUCAUUGAGAUUGACUGGACUUUUGUCUCUGGCAAAACGGAAAAGAAGAGGUGGAUGUACUUUCAAGAAGGUGCGGUUAUUACCGGAUUAGAUGAGAACAAGUUGCGUGCCGACGGCUCAGGAAGAGUUUUGGCAAGAUAUUCGCAAAACGGCGAUGUAGCCGCAUCCGUGACUCGCUAUGGGAAAGGUUGGGUUGCACUUGUAGGCCCUCAUCCUGAAGCCAACGACGAGUGGUACUCGGCGGAAAACUUCACGAACCCAGAUGGAAUUAACUUUGACAUUGGCUACGACUUCAUUGCCGCCGCUCUCAAUGGAGGGAAGAUCGAGGAGUGA